AUGGCUGUUGUAUUCCGAUUUGUUGAUAAGAGCGGAGCAGUGAAAGAAAGGUUUAUUGGAGUUGUUCAUGUAAAAGAAACGUCAUCUGCAUCUUUGAAGUCUGCUAUUGAUAAUUUGUUUGCUAAAUACGGGUUGAGCCUGAAAAGGCUGCGAGGGCAAGGCUAUGAUGGAGCAAGCAACAUGAAGGGGGAAUUUAAUGGCUUGAGAGCAUUGGUUGUUGGAGAAAAUAAUGCUGCUUAUUAUGUUCAUUGCUUUGCUCAUCAACUCCAGUUGGUGGUGGUUGCUAUCGCUAAAAAACACUUUGAGGUUGGUGAUUUUUUUGAUAUGAUUUCUACAUUAUUGAAUGUAGUUGGAGCUUCUUGCAAAAGGCAAGAUAUGAUUCGAGAAAAUUAUCGAAGAAAAGUGCAGGAAGGAAUUAGUAGAGGUGAGAUUAACACUGUUGAGUUGUUUUCUACUAUCAUUGAGGUUCUUGAGUAUAUCCAAAAUGAAGGCGUUGAAGACUCCAAAAAACGUCAAGCCUAUGGUCUUCUCAAGUACUUUCACACUUUUGAUUGUGUGUUCUACAUGCAACUAAUGCUACUUAUUUUGGGAUUAACUGAGAAUUUGUCAAUGGCUUUGCAAAGGAAAGAUCAAGAUAUUUUGAAUGCCAUGUCAUUGGUGGAAUCUACUAAGGGAGAAUUGCAAAAGCUUAGGGAUAAUGGAUGGGAUUCACUUAUGAAUAAAGUUUCAUCUUUUUGCGAGAAACAUAAUGCUGAAAUGCUUGUCAUGGAAGACGUCUUUGUUGAUCCAAGGAAACCAAGAAGGAAAACCAAUAUAACCAACUUGCAUCAUUAUAAGGUUAACUGCUUCUACACUAUUCUAGACUUACAGCUUCAGGAGUUCAAUGAUCGUUUUACGGAGGUAAACACUGAUCUACUUAUAUGUAUGGCUUCUUUAAGUCCUCUUGAUUCAUUUUGCGAGUUUGACAAGGAAAAGUUGGUGAAGUUGGUUAAGUUUUAUCCAGAUGACUUUAGUUAUGGGGAGACUUUGUGUCUUGAGCAGCAUCUUGAUAUCUACAUUGACAAUGUACGCAGAGAUGAAAGAUUUAAAAACUUGAAAAGUCUUGGAGAUCUUUCUUGUUUAAUGGUAAAAACCCAAAAGCAUCUUGCACAUCCUUUGGUUUACAGGCUUUUGAAGAUGGUCUUAACUUUACCAGUUGCAACAGCAAGUGUUGAGAGAUGUUUUGAGGGAAUUAUGAGCAAUGAUGAGAAAAAGGAAAGAAAGUCUGAUUUUGAGAACUCAGAAGAUGAGAGGAGAACAAGAUUCCGCUCUUUGAAAAAGAAAGAAAUCAAUGCCUCCACAAAGUUCAAGCAUUCUCUCAAGAAGGAAAGAAGAAAAAGCGAUGUUCGUGUCAGUUCUGUCUCCAUCGAGGAUGUUCGUGAUGUAGAGGAGCUUCAGGCGGUUGAUGAGUUUAGACAAGCUUUGGUGAUGGAGGAGUUGCUUCCCCAUAAACACGAUGACUAA